CGGGUGUUUUUUUGUUUGUAUGUUUUGUCAAUCUAGUUUGUCAUUUGUAUCCACCAUGUUCGUAAUGUUCGUAUGUCUAAAAAACAACCGGGUUGACGUUGGAAGGGAGCCCCUUUAUAUAGGGAUGGAGCCUCCAAAGUCAACCCGGUUGUUUUUUCUUUUUGUAUUGUUUGUCGGUGUAGUUUGUAUUGUUUGUACAGUUCAUAUGUUUGUAAUGUUUGUAAAUCUGUUUGUAUGUCUUGUCGUUAUAAUUUGUACUGUUUGUAUUGUUUGUCUCGUUUGUAAGUCUGGUUUGUAUACUUCGUAAUUUUUCAUAAUACCCAAAUUAUCCCUCCCACUAAUUAAAAAUAUCUUCCCACUUUUUAACCGUUGAAUUGAAGUGUCCAGAUUUAAUGACAAGGAGGGACUUAGUCAAGUGACUAAGGACCCCUUAGUCAUGGGAUCAGCCCUCUUUUGUUAUCUCUAGAAGCCAAAAAGAGUCUGAAAGCAUGGAUGGAAGAACAGACUUCUCUUUAAAAAAAAAAAAAAGCAAAUCACAAACGAAAGGAUUGAGAAUUUGUGAGUUUGAGAGAUGUAACGUAACACACUUCUUUAAUAAAACAUAUAUAAUUAAAUUAGUGGUGAGAUUUAGUAUAGACAAAGGAAUAAACAACACAAUCUAAUAAGUUUCAAUCAUGUUCCUCGACGCAACAAUGCAAUUAAAAACAGAUAAUGGUGCGGCCCCACUUAUCAAUUAACAACUGUCCUACACUACACAAUACCCUCCUAAUAAUCAAUUUAAUGCAUAGUUUAUGACUUGAUUCACCACCUGAGCUGAGAAACAUAUGCUUUUGGUCAUAUUUUAGCAUCAAUAUAAUAUAUGGGGUUUGCCAAUUGUAAGAAGAUAUGAUCAGAUCUCAUAGGAGACUCUUUAUUAAUAUAUAUGCUUACAUCAUUGCUCACUUCUCAUUAUUCCUUCUUUGGUGAGAGCAACUACUCUCCAUUAAUUAAUGCAUUAAUCAACCAUAUAAUAUGUCAUUCCCCCAAUACAUGGUCAAGAACUCAAGAUGGACAAACUUUAAAGUAUUAAUUAAAAAGCUUUUCCUACUUUAACUAUUGGGUGUUGAGAAUUUGACUAUGGUGCUUACAGCUUACUGCGUUCAUCAUUAUUUGAUUUAGUGAUGGGUGCUUCAAAAUUGUUGUUCAAACGUGUUAUAUUUUAUUUGCAAAAUUGGCAAUAUUUCACGGUCGUAGAACACCUAACGUUGGGUGGAACAAUUGUAAACCAUGUAAGCACGCCCUUACGAAUGGAGAUGGAAAUGGAAGCACCAUGGUCGAAUUGGGUUGACGGGGGAUAUAAAUAUAUUUUUCCUGUAUGCACAUAUUCGCAGAAGAAGGUUCAUCUAGAUUGCUGAAUCAUCAGAUUUCUACACAAUUCAACCUUUUCUCAAAACACAUAAUUAGGAGAUGGAUGGGACUUGACAUCCCACUAAUAUUAUAUAAUCCAAUGAUUCAAAGAUAUGCAACUUAAUUUUUAAGUGGAUUGGGAGAUUUGUUACAACAAAGUAAUCGAGAAAUUAAUUAAUUAAUGAUAACCUACCUUCCAGGUGAUUGCAUCCCUCCAUUUAUAUCUUUGUUUUCUUUGACUUGUGGUAGUUUGUUUUAUUUUAAAUAUGCACAAGUGACAAUUUAAUUAAUUAAUUUGAAUGAUUAAGCAUUACCUAAUUUUAUUCAAUAUAUUUGGUUGCACGCCCAUGGAAAUGUGCCACUUGAUCAAAUAAUAAUAGAAAGGCUAACCCAAUGAAUCCUACAUUGCGCACAAUCUAACUCCGCAUAACCAAAUUCUCGGUCCUUUGAAAUUAAUGGAUGAACAUGUUUUUCACGGAUUAUUAAAAAUUAUGUGAAUUUCUCACUCCUAAAAUUUCUUAGGAAAUCAUAUAUAAAGAUGUUUAUUAAGUAUGUGCAUUGUAUUCCCAUCAACAAAAAUUAUUGACUCCCCAUAGGAAUAGACUCCAUGCACCUCGGCCCUGUAAUGAUCUAACAUGAUCGAGUACCCUAGCUAUCCAGAAUAGCAUCCCACUCAGCAACCUGAAACGAAAUUGAGCAAGCAAAACCAAACUGGAACCUCCACCUUCGGAGCUAAUCCAAUCUGCCAUCUAAGUCCCUUAACAAGCAAAUCCCGACCCCUGAAUACCACUUGCCAACCCCACGAUGGUAAGGAUCCUGGACAUGGAUUCAAGACGAAGAGUUCUGAAAAUACAUCCACUUGUACAACCCAUUCGAAGCGAAUCAGGUUCCUUCCAUAUCAACCAAACUACCUUUGUCGACAAUGUUUGAUUGAACCCCUCAUAUAUGCUUGCUCGAUCACAACGACUUCCAGACCACUCAGUCAUGAAAACACCGUUGUGCUUGCUUCACCCUCGCCAAAAUCUGGUAAAGUGCCUAUCCAACCAGACACGUUCGUAGAAUAAGGAUGUAAAAGGAAAUAUUACAUCGAUUCCAUAUAUAAAGUGAGCAACUAUAUAUAGUUUCAUCAUAGUAUCCAUCAAUUAAUUCAAACUUCAGUCACGAUCAUCGUAUUUGAAAAUUCCAACUAUCACGGUCUUUUUAAACAAAAUUCAAACUAGGUUGUCUUUAAGUAAAUAUACAUGUGAGACAAAACCAUUUAUAAAAGAAACGUGAUACAUAAACAAUAUACUUUUACGGAAACAAAGAGCAAGCUAGAAAGCAAAUCAAGUAUAUAAUAAUAAACUAAUGUUUGCAUGGGACGGCUUCCUUUGAUCUGACUUUUCCUCCCCGUUUAUUCAUUGAUUAAUGCAGUUAUAUAUUUUGACCCCUUUUGUACGUUUUCUCCUAUUCAUGAUUACAGAGAACCUCAAAAUUAACAAAUUAAUUAAUAUAUUCACCACCACCAACACUACUCCUCAAUAAUUUACAGGUACAAAGAACUAUUUCAUAACAUAGAAUAAAAAACCCACAUCACAAUUAUUAUAAUAAAAAUAAAUUAAUAAGCAAUCAACUUCUCCCCUUUAUAAAACCUAUCUCCAACCCUACACCAUUCACAAACAAACAAACAAACACUUCCUUCGUCCACAAAAAGAAAAUGUCCAGAACCCAAUACUCUUCCACCGUCGAUCAAAUGAACAGUAACACCUCCGCCGAAUCUUCCUCCUCUGGCGGCAACACCAACAAGCUCAAGCUCAAGCUCUUCGGGUUCGAGUUCGACCCCAACCAACCCAUCCACGGCCAAACCCAUCCUCCGGCGGCCGCCGCCGAAGCUGACGAGAGCGUGAACUCCUCCUCCAGCACCGCACAGAUCGCGAACAGAACGCCGCCGCCGUCGAGGAGUAGGUUGCGGUGCGAGUACUGUUUGAAGGAGUUCGCGAACUCGCAGGCGAUGGGAGGGCAUCAGAACGCGCACAAGAAGGAGCGGAUGAAGAAGAAGCGGCUCCAGCUACAAGCCAGGCGCGCCACCAUCAGCAGCUUCUACCUUCACGCGCCGCCUAACCCGACGACGACGGCGGCCCGGUGGUUCUACGAACCGGCUACCUCGUCGUGCGAUGAUGAUGAGAUUGGCGGCGGCGGCCGUCAGAUUAGCUUUAACCAUCGUCCGGAUUAUUUAUCUGGGUACGAUGUUAGUAAUAAUGAUGAGCAUCGGGGCGGGUUUACUUUGACGCAUCAUCGUCCCGUCGGCGGUGGUGGUCGGAGGUCGGGGAAGGCGGCGGCCGGUUCCAGGGGGAGAACUGAUUUGGAUCUGGAGUUGGGGCUGAGGUUACAAUAGGAAUUCUAAUUAAUUAAUUCAUGUGCGGAAUUGUGAUUAAGUGAUUAAUCAGUGAUGUUAAUUUUUAGAUUACAUAUACGGACCCAUAUGAUCGAGUUAGGUAGGAGGCGGGAAUGCUACUUCAUUAUGAUGAAUACUUAUUGUUUCUUUUAGUCUUUUUAAUUUUUUUUUUAAUGUUAUUUAGGCUUCGCUAAUAUUCGAAGCUGAUGAUGAUGAUUCAAGUCCAUUGAUAGAAUGGGGAAAAAUAGAAAGAAAAAGAAAAAAACAACAACGAACUUGACUAUCAUAGUCUAGAAAAAAAAUCCAGAUUGCUUGAUGGGGUUAUUUUGUGGGAAAAAUCCAGAUUGCUUAAUAUUCACUUGUAGAAUAACAAGCUCAAAAGUCA